CGCGAUACAUGACACGAAACUCAUAUCUACAUUCUUUCCAUCGCUACUUUCCGCCGGAUCCAGCCGCCGCGCCACCCAACCACCCCAUUAUCCUCACCCACCCCACCAUCCUCACCCACCGCGCCCCCCCUCACUCAUAACCGCCGCCGCACAAAUACCAAGCACGAUUCUGUACACUCUGAGCCACCUGCCCUCGCCCCCGCCCUCGCCCUCCCCGAUGGCGGACCCACCGACGCCGCCGCUGGCGCGUGAGUUGGGGCUCAGCGCACUCUUCGUCCUCACUGGCGAGCGUAAUGCCGUUAUGGUGUACGUGUCGGAAAGCAUCGCCGAGAUACUGGGCUACGAGCCGGGCGACCUUGUCGGCAAGACGAGCUACCUCAUCUUCCACCCGGACGAGAUCCCGUUGUUACGCGAGAUUCACUUCUUCGCCCUCCAGCACGAAAAAGUGGGGUGCAUCAUGUACAUGCGCCUCCUGCACCAGCGGGGCUUCUACGUCGACUGUGCCGUGACAUACUCGACAGUAUAUGAUCUGACUGUUGGAAUUGUGACUCGUGCAAUCAACGGGCCAAACGUCAUCCGAUUGGCAGCGACGGCGCGCGAAGUCGUCGAGGCACGCGGCGGCGUCGACGGCGUAACGAUGCAACGCUGGUCGACGCCUCCCGGCUCCCGCUCCCCCACGGCCUCCCCGCUGCCCCCGAACCCCCGCAAACCCUGGGAAUCCGAUUGGGUGCGCGCGCCACCGAGCCCACGCACCUUUUUCCUCCUGGACCGCUUCACGGACACGGCACGCAUCAUGUUUGCAAGCAACACGCUGCUGGUCGACGCGGCGACCGACACGAGCUUCUACGCCGUCGUGCGCCCGCAGGACCGCCCGCGCGUGCGCCAGUGGAUCGACGCCGCCAAGCUCUGGGCACCGGUCGUGUACGACGAGGAGCGGACGGGCGGGCACGGAUAUCUUGUGUUCGACGUCAUGAAGAUCCCCGACCCCCCGCCAGCAGGCCAAGCUGAGCCACAGGGGACCGAGGAAAGCGUGCGCGUCGACGGACAGGAGUUUAUCAGCGUCGAGGGCAUCUUUACGGCGUCGUCGGAUGGCAUCGCAGCCAUCAUCACGCCCGUGACAGAUUAGCAGGGUGAUGACUUGAGACAGGCGUGGAGGGCUUUCCAUCGCAUACCACGCCUGACAUGGACUUGGCGAGCGGCGGUGGUUGGCGAACACAGAGCAUUGAACACUGUAUUAUCUAUAGCAUAUCUUGGCGUAUGAGAGGCGAUGAGGCAAUGG